CGCUUCCAACCACCUGUCCUAAUCUAACAAGCUUCUCAUAUAAUGCACCUCACCCGGUGAUCCGGACAUCCAUCCGAAGCCAUAACAAAAUGCGCAUUCGGAAACCUUUCGCCGCGGCCUUCGUCGCCGUAAUCCUCAUCUCCGCCGCCGCCGGCUUCUCCCCACCCGACUACAAAAUCCCAACCUACAAGCAAUCCGACAAAGUCCUGCAUUUCGUCGCCUUCUUCGCCCUCACCGUAGCAUUCUACUGGAUCGUCGAGACGUCACGGCGGAAGGUCCUCCAGUUGACCUUCACCGUCUGCACAAUCGGGCUUGGGUUCGCGAGCGAGAUCGUCCAGGGCCUCCUCCCGAUUCACCGCGAGUUCGACUACUAUGAUAUCCUUGCGAAUGUGUUGGGUUCGGUGAGCGCUUUAGCGCUGUGUAAUUGGUAUCACAAGCGCAUGCUGGAAAGGAAGCGGGCUGCGCGUGGAUACGGAGCUGUAGCGGGCGACGAUCAUGACAAUGAUGUGGAGCUUGGUGAGGGUAUCGGUGGGCAGGAAACGGGCGUUGUGAGGCCCACCGUUGAACAGGAGCUGGAUCAUUGGGACGAGAACGCGGAGGAUUGGGACACCACAGAGCCUACGGACACCAAUGGACAAGCUAGUGGGGAUCUGGGCGAAGGGACCAAGAAGCGUAGCGAUUGAGGGGACGCGGGAUUUCAUGACUGUACGAUUGCAAAUGAUCAUGGCGGUGGCGCUCACCGGCUCUUGGAUGCCCGGGUUGGAGCUGAAUCGGAUAUUCGUUUUUACAAGCUCGUAGCUAGCCCUUAGUGCUCAUUGCGGCCCAUUGUGAGCCAACUUGCGACCAUAAAUCGUCACAUCGGCCUGCCUCAACUUCCAUGGAUUCAUGUAUUUCUUGGAGUAUGAGAUUCUGAAAGAACUCGUUAACCCAGACCAAGCACCAUGGCCGAAUCACCGUACCCCAAGCCCAUCAUCCCUCUACUGGGCAGCCUUAGCGGUCUGCUGGGGGGUAAUCUUCUUU